AUGCAAGCGUUGCAGAAGGCAGGGAAGCAGGAUGACGCAGAGGACUACUUGGAUAGGCAGUAUGUUAAAACAUUCCGUGUCAGCAAACCUCUGUUUGAUGCAAUUUACACCGACACACAUGCUCUCUGGGAGAAGUCGGAUACUGCAUUCCGUUGCGCCGUGAGCUCGGAGAAGAGGCUUGCCAUGUUAUUGUAUUGGCUGGCUCACGCUACCACGCAGGACGAGCUUGCGAAUCUCUUUGGCGUGGGACAGUCGACUGUGCAUGGGAUUCUGCACGACGGUGUAGACACGUUGGCUGUCCACCUUGGCAAGAAGUCAAUUGUUUUUCCGAAAGGAGAAGAUCUGAAGCGGGUCAUUAGCGGCUUCAAGCGCAUCUGCAAGCUACCAAUGUGCGCUGGCGCCAUUGACGGCACGUUUAUGAAAAUAAUAAAGCCAUCAGUAUGGGGGGACUCAUACUGGUGCUACAAGUCGUAUCCCGCAAUUAUUAUUCUUGCUGUCGUGGAUGCCGAUGGCAUAUUCACGUAUGUGGAUGUUGGCCGAGCAGGCUCGCUCGGCGAUGCGUAUACCUUCAAUAACAGCAGUUUGAAAAGGAAGUUACAGACUCGAUCGUGGUUGCAAUCCACAACGAAACUGAUUUCUGGCCACCGUAUCAAGCCCUAUUUACUGGCAGACUCUGCAUUUGGAGCUUCGGAACACGUUGUCAAGGCGUAUAAGCACCCACCCCAGCCUGGACAGCAAGCCACCUUCAACUCUGCUGUCAACAAAGGUCGCAAGGUGGUCGAGCAAGCAUUUGGUAGACUUAAGGGUCGUUUUGCUGUCCUAACAAGAAGCUUUGUGAGGGACCCAGAGUUUGCUGCCCGCGUAGCUUUGCUGUGCAGUGCUUUGCACAAUAUGUGCACUCGUGGCAAUGUUGAGUUCUUCGAUUCUUGGUUGCCAGAUCGUGCUGAGUACACGGGAGAUGGUGAACAGGCAGCGGACGCCAACAAUGGAGCAGGAGGAAGUGCUGAAGUUGUUCGGAAGGCGCUGACAACGUACAUCCACAUGCUGCGCUAG